AGCACCGCGCAUACAUAAAAUGUUAUCAGUAUCAAUUUAGCCGCGCACCUAUCAACAGCCUCACGUGUGCCGCGCCACACUCUGCGAUGACUUCGACUGGCGAAAUAAUCGCACUCAACAACGCCGGCGAGGCUGCUGAAGGUUGGCGGAAUUUGGACUUCUUCCGGGAUGUGGUAUCACAAGACUUGGGCCUUCCGGAGGAUGAAUUCUGCUUGAGCAACUUGGAAGUGAACGAUGCCACCGGUAAGCAGUCGGGUUUCAUGUCCUUGCUACACCGUGUCAAGGUAGAUGUCGAGUUCAAGAAUGGAAAAUGUGAGCGAAAAUCGUACGUCGUGAAGGAGAAGUCCAGCGAUGUAUUCGGCGGAGAUUGGGUGGAGAAGUUCAACGUUUUCGACAAGGAGUUUGAAGCGUACCAGAAGCUGAUCCCGGAGUAUGAAAAGCUAUUUCGACAUGAGGUUCAAUUCGGACCUAGAUUCUUCAAAGCAGUUGCAACGCCAUUCACAGUGAUGGUAAUGGAGGAUCUGAUCGCAUCUGGAUAUGAAAUGAAAGACUGUAGCAAUCGGUUGAAUUUGUCGGACAGUAGAGUAGUGUUGUCCAAACUGGCCAAGUUUCAUGCCGCAUCUGCUGUGUACUAUAAACACAAUGGACCAUAUUCCAAGCUUUUCAAAACCGGUAUGUAUGAUGAAGCAACAGCGGGCGACAGUGAGGCUUAUAUUGGGAAUCUGUUCAAGUCCUUGGUGGCGAGCAUGAAGGAUCGCAACGUAUCUAGUCAGUUCUUGGAUUUGAUAAAUCAAUGGAACGCAAAUCCUUAUGUCUCCGGAGCAAAAUUGUUUCGCUUGAAUGACAAAGACUUUAACGUCUUGAAUCACGGUGAUCUUUGGAUGAAUAAUGUAAUGUUUGGCGACAGCGAUCUUCUAGUGAUCGACUUUCAGAUUGCCUUUUUUGGAAGCUUCACGUUCGACUUCCUAGAGUUCGUCCUGUGCACGGUUGAAGUAGACGAAGUCCUCAAUGGAUUUGAUGAGCUCGUCGAGUAUUACCACCAGGAACUAAAGGAUGCGUUUGACACAUUGAACCACUCCGACUUGUCGCCUUCGUUAGAAAGUUUGCAAGCAGACAUCGAAAGACACGGGUUUUUGGCGGCACUCCUUAUUAUAGAGGCGAUACCAAUGAUAACCUACAGCAAGGUGGGAGAAUUAAGCAUGGACCUCAUGUCUUCAUCGGAACCGGAAGGUGAAGAGUUCAGAAGAAAAUUAUAUCACAACGAAAAAUUUGUCGAAGUUGUGGAUCGAUUGUUGCCUUUCCUGUACGAACGGGGAUAUUUGAAAUGUCCGAAUGGUUUGUAAAUUUGUAAAUAUAUUUAGCCAUUUUCACGAAGAUUUCGUUUGAUAAUCAUA